AUGGAGUCUCCAGUGACGGAUUCCCCGGUGAGACCGGGUUUCCACAGAAUGGAGAUCCAGAAAACGACGUGGGACGUCCCGCAUAGAUACGCGAACCUGCAGGCCAUCGGCUCCGGAGCUUACGGGACAGUGUGCUCUGCCAUCGACCAGAAGACCAAGGAGAAGGUGGCCAUCAAGAAGCUCUACCGGCCUUUUCAGUCCCUCAUCCACGCCACGCGGGCCUACAGAGAGCUCAGGCUGCUCCGCCAAAUACAGCAUGAAAAUGUGAUCUGCCUUCUUAAUGUCUUCACACCUGACCCCACACUGGAGAAAUUCCAAACCUUUUAUAUGGUAAUGCCCUUCGUAGCCCAGGAUCUGGGCCACAUUAUGAAGACCAAGAGAUUAAGCAAUCGCAUCGUCACAUACCUGUUCUACCAGCUUCUAAGAGGCUUGAAGUACAUUCACUCUGCAGGGAUCAUUCAUCGGGAUCUGAAGCCUGGUAAUCUCGCUGUGAAUGAGAACUGUGAAUUAAAGAUUCUGGAUUUUGGCCUGGCAAGACAUACAGAGAGUGAAAUGACUGGUUACGUUGUAACACGGUGGUACCGAGCACCAGAGGUCAUAUUUAACUGGAUGCACUACAGUCAGACAGUGGAUGUCUGGUCAGCUGCGUGUAUACUGGCUGAAAUGAUCACUGGCCAGGUGCUUUUCCGAGGACAGGACAGUAUCGAUCAGCUGAAGAAGAUCCUCCGUCUAACAGGGACUCCAGACUCCUCCCUGGUGCAGAAGAUGCAGAGUAAAGAUGCACAAUCAUAUGUGCGAAGUCUCCCUCCACAAAAGAAGAAAAACUUCAAGGAAGCAUUUCCAGGCUUGGAUGACAAUGUUAUAGACCUGCUGGAGGGGAUGUUGCUGCUGGAUCCUGAGGCCAGGCUGACAGCUAAGCAGGGACUGUCCCACCCUUACGUGGCUGAAUAUCAUGACCCAGACUGCGAACCAGACUCUGAGCCCUAUGACGACUCCUUCGAGAGCCUGGAGCUCGCCGUUGGCGAGUGGAAGAGUCUGAUCCACAUGGAGAUCAUGACCUUUGACCCUGACCACCCAAGUAUGACAGCCAUGUAGACCCCUUCAACUGUU